ACCAGAAACGGCGUGAAAGCAACCCGCGUCCCGCAAACCGCGGCCGCCGCGCCCCCAUCCAUCCUCCCCGGCGCCCGGCCGCCCCGGCUCGCCCUAUAUAACCAGCGGGACUCCCUCCUGCUUGCUCUGACUUGGCCACCAUAUCCUCUCGCGAACCUUGCCGUUCGUUCCUCCCGGUCCCGCCAGAAUUCUACCCAGAUUUCAGAGAGCACCCUGCUUUCGCCUCGGAGCAUAGCUCUCUGCUUUGGUCCCGUCCAGCUCCAGCUCGGUUGAUCAUCAUGGGGUUCCCGCUGGUGAGCUACUGCCUCGCCGUGCCGAAGCCGGUCAUCGUCUUCUGCAAGGUGCUCAGCGUCAUCAGGGACGCCUUCCUGCUGAUGCUCGCCGUCCUGGGGCUCUGCCCCUUCCCGUACGACGACGUCUCGCGCGGCCCGGCAGACGGGCCGAAGCCCGAGGAGGUGAAGAGCCAGCUCCCCGCCAUGGAGUACGGGGAGCACGUGGCCGAGCGGCUGGUGGUGGCGUCCCCGGGCGGCGGCGGGCACGCGGCGUCCCGCGGCGAGGAGGCCGCUUCGCCGACGUGCAUCGUGUGCCUGGAGAGGGUGGAGGCGGACGACGAGGUGCGGCGGCUGGGCAACUGCGCGCACGCCUUCCACCGCGGCUGCAUCGACCGGUGGAUCGACCUCGGCCGGGCGACGUGCCCGCUGUGCCGGUCCGACCUGCUGCCGCGCCCGCGGGCCCGGGCCCGGCUGGGCCGGCUCGCCAGCCUCCUCACGCGCGUUUGGUGAGAGGCCCGCGUCCGCGGGGUGGGUGGUUCGUCGGUCGGUCCUCUUGGAGGGCAGUUUUGUCAUUUCGACGGCCGGGCCUCGAUCGCCGUCGCAGCCCAAUAGCCCAUCUCUAGGUGGAGCCGCCGGAAUGGCGCGGCGCGGGCAGGUUAGCGACGGCGACAAGGCCGCCAGGCGGUAUAACGGCGGCUCUGCUAUCAGCCAGCCAUUAAUCAUCAAUGGGGGGCUUAAUUGCCAGUUGAUUAGCUCGAUUCAUCUGGCAGUUGAUAUAUUAAAUGAUAAUCGACCUGUCGAAGGAUUAUCCGGCAACUGAUCCUCAUUAUAGGAUGUACAUUCAUAGUGCUAUACCAUCAGCCAUAUUCAUUGUACACGAACUUCUCUUUCUACCUUCUACUAUAAACUUCACGAAUUUUAUUUAAUUUGUUCAUCAAGUUUUGUGUAUAACUCAGUACUUAUCUAGUUGGGGGAACUGGUCGGCAAUCGAAUGAUUGAGCAAGCAACUUGGACACU